CAUGGUGGAAGAAGCGGUGGAUACCACAGUGGAGGCGGUGGUGGUUGUGGAGGCGAUGGUGGAAGACGUGAGUAUGGAUACAAUGGUGGUGGUUGGUGGAGGUGGCUGCCGAAUCUUCAUCCACAAAACCUUGAACAUAAGACUCCAUCCACAAAACCUUGAUUCAUGUGUUCACAUUUUCCAGUGUCCAUAAUCUUACCAUUCACAAUGUGUAUGUUCAUAUCUAACUCGUCCACAACUUUUCGUGUCCGCAAAUACUUGACAUGUAAGGUGCAAUUUAUGCUUCAAAAUCGAACCAUUUUAGCUUUGUUUUGUUUCUAAGGAUAUAUCUCAACUUUCGUCCCCUUGUUCUAAAAUUAGAAGAGAAGGGAGAAAAAUAGUUUAUUCCCUGUCAACUGUUCACCGUAACUACAACCAUUGUGUCCAUACAUAUCCAUCCAUAAGUGUCUGUUAAGUAUCCACGUUUCUUGCGUCCACAUUCUUUAUGUCCAUAAAUCUUCUAUUGAUUGUGCUCGAUGACUUUUCAGAUUUACUUAACUUUUCUACUAUAUUUAUGUACAUAUAACAAGUAAAAAGAUAAUUAAACAGAUUUUAGUUUGCUUGUCCAUAAUUCUUGUUUUUACAACUCAUUUGUAAUUUACGUGUUUACAAGUCAUGAAUCCACUUUUUUUUCUAUCCACAAUAUAGAUGUCCAUAUUUCAUUUGUCCACAAAUGCUUAAUCCAAAAAUCUGAGUUUACAAUUACUUUUAUUUUUUAGCCUCUUUCAUUUAUUUCAACCAGAAGGAAUAUCGAGUUUGGUUCUUUAAAGGAAACAUCAUCUUCCCAUUCAUGCUGGUUAAUAAGCUGAGGGCUUUUUUGUCCAUCACAAAAACACAUGUCCCAACAAUGUGUGUCAUAUCCACUAUGUGUCUCUGUAAACAAAAGAAACAAAAGACAAGAGGGUUAGUUAGCACGUGACAUCAUCGUCCCGCGCGUAGGACUUGAGUGAUAAACCGUAACAAAGAAACAACGUUCCCUGGUUGACUUUUACUACAUCUCAGAGAUCUACUCUCCCAUAUUUUAAUAGGUAGGUGUUUUUGUAAGAUAGAAGAGAGUUUGAUAGCAUGUAAACUAAUCUUGUUACCAUUCAUAUCACCUUGGAAUAUUAAAAAUUGGUAAGGAUGAAAGAAUUACAUUGGGGAAGAGACAUAUACGGUUUUCAAGAGAAGAACAAGUACAAACAUUUAUUCGUCAAACAUGUAUAUAUAUAUAUAUAUAUGUAGGGUGUGUGUAGUAUAUAGGUUCUUGUGGGUUUAUGUAUUUGCAGGUGUAUAUGCAUCUAUCAUGUAUCUAAUAAAUGCGUGUUAUAAAGAAAGGUCUGACCAGUACAGAGUGCAUAUUUAUUUUACUUGCUGACUACAGAGAAAUGAGUCAAUACUUAAAACCAAGUUGAAUUAGUUAAACAAAAUGAAAUCUAAUUGUGGAAAAUUUCGAUCAAAAGUAGAUAAAUAGUCAGAUGUUUCAUGUGGAUUUUACGUAUUUUAAGGAUCUAGUUAAUCUUUUUUCUUUUAAAAAACAUUACUCACUUCCUUCCAUGCAGUUAAACAGUCUGUCAAUGUGCAGCAAACUGAUCAACCAUCAAGAAAAAAAAAACAAAAAAAAAACAAAUAUUUGUAUUUAUUGUCUAUCAAUUUCCCAAGAAAAAGCUGCCUUGCAUCAUUAAAAAUCCCAAGAAUUUAUGUACUAAAGCACCUCUCCUGCAUCUUUACAACUAGUAUUAAUCAAACAACACUAAUCUCAGAAUCAGUGACAUGUUUCUUCCUUCUCUUCCUCUAGCCACAAAACUAAUCCUUACUCUGUGAUUUGUCCCCAAGAAAAUGAAGAAUUCCUCCAAAAGCCACGUCUAUUCUCUCAUUUUCCUUCUCCUUCUUCUUCUAACAUCACUCUCAGAAUCACAGCUAACGUCAAGUGAAUCAAGAACUCUACUAGAAAUCCAGAAGCACUUACAAUAUCCACCAGUUCUACGAUCAUGGAGCAACUUCACCAACUUCUGCUACCUCCCAUCUUCUCCUUCCUUCAAAAUCCUCUGUUUCAACGGCCACGUAACCGAACUAACCGUCACAGGGAACAGAACCGUCAAGCUCUCCAAAACAUUCUCCACCGACUCGCUCUUCACCGUUCUUACAAAACUCUCAAACUUAAAAACCUUGUCUCUCGUCUCUCUCGGCAUCUCUGGUCCCCUCCCUCCAAAGAUCACCAGGUUUUCUUCUUCUCUCCAGGCUCUGAAUCUCAGCUCUAACUUCAUCUCUGGAAAAAUCCCUAAAGAGAUCUCGUCGUUGAAAAGCCUGAGAAGUCUUGUUCUGGCCAACAACGAGUUCACCGGAAGUGUUCCUGAUCUCAGAGGAUUGUCUAAUCUCCAAGAGCUGAAUCUAGACGGUAAUAAACUCGGCCCUGACGUUGUUACUUCGCUCGCAAGUAACCUGAUCACUGUUUCAUUGAAGAAUAACUCUUUUGGAUCAAAGCUCCCAGAACAGAUCAAGAAGCUGAAUAAGCUUCAAAGCCUGGAUCUUUCUUCCAACAAGUUCGUUGGAUCAAUCCCAAGAUUCAUGUUCUCCCUUCCUUCGCUACAGAAUCUAACAUUGGCACAGAACUUGUUCAGUGGAUCACUUCCAAAUUCAUCUCUAUGCAGCUCCAAGCUUAGAGUUUUAGAUGUUUCCAGGAAUCUUCUAACUGGAAAGCUUCCAUCUUGCUUGUCUUCCAAGACUUUCCAUAAUCAGACAGUGGUCUACACAUUCAAUUGCUUGUCAGUAAAAGGUUCUCCCUCUGCAAAGUAUCAACGUCCUGUUUCCUUCUGCGAAAACGAAGCUAAGCAAGCGGUUUCUGCUGUGAAGUCUGACACUAAGGAUCAGGAAAAGAAAGAAGAAGAUAAAGGAAUAGAACUUGGAUUAGUGAUUGGCAUUAUCAUAGGUGUGGUCCUCGUUUCAGCGGUUUUGGCUGGUUUGGUUUUGGUUAGGAUGAGGAAGUCAAGAUCAAAAGAAGUACCUUUAGAAGCAAGCAACGUCGAUAAGGUCUCUGUUUGUAGCACAGCCACAAGGUCCACUACAUCAAAAACAGUACCAGAUCCAAGACGCAUACCACAAACCAUGAGAUCUGCUGUGAUUGGACUAUCACCCUACCGUGUUUUCUCUUUGGAGGACCUGGAAGAAGCCACCAACAACUUUGAUGCAGCAAGUCUCUGUGGAGAACAGCUGUACAAAGGUUAUCUUAGAGAAGGCAUUCCAGUGACGGUGAGGUGUAUUAAGCUGAAACAGAAGAGUUCAACAUCAACACAGAACUUGGCUCAACAAAUGGAAGUUUUAUCAAAGCUAAGGCAUAUGCAUUUGGCCAGUGUUCUUGGACACUGCAUUGGUACUUACCAAGAUCAUCAUCCAUACGCCGGGAGCACUAUUUUCAUAGUCCAAGAAUACAUCUCUAACGGGUCACUGAGGGACUACCUCACUGAUUGGAGAAAAAAAGAGGUGUUGAAAUGGCCUCAGAGAAUGUCCAUAGCCAUUGGAGUAGCUAGAGGGAUACAGUUUUUGCACACAGGAGUGGCACCAGGAAUCUUUGGGAACAAUUUGGAUAUAGAGAAUGUCCUGCUUGAUGAAACACUCACUGUUAAACUCAGUGGCUAUACUAUUCCUUUACCAUCCAAGGUUGGAGCAGAAAGCACUAGCAAUGAAGAUGGAGAGAAGGAAGAUGUGUACCAGUUUGGAGUGAUCCUACUUCAGAUCAUCACGGGCAAAGUAAUGGCGGCUGCAUCCUCAGAGUUGGGAAGCUUGAAGCUUCAGCUGGAGAAUGGUUUGAGAGAGGAACCAUCGGUGUUGCGUAGCUUAGCAGAUCCGAGCGUGAGGGGAACGUAUGCGUAUGAGUCACUGAGGACCACAGUCGAGUUUGCCAUUAACUGUCUUUGUGAAGAUCAGAGGAAGCGGCCAUCGAUAGAGGAUGUUGUGUGGAAUCUGCAGUACACAAUUCAGGUGCAGCAAGGAUGGACAAGCAGUGGGAACCUUGGGGUUGGUGAUACAUAGAUGCAAGGAGGAAUAUGUCUUCAUCAUCCCUGAUUGAAAUAGAGAAACAGCUUGAUGAAAAAUUCAAAACCCAUAUAGGAAGAUGAAUGUAAAACCUCAGAAAAAAGAGAGGCAGAGCUGCAAAAGCUAUAUAUGUCAGUUGAAUGUUCAGAACAGAAGCACUGAAUUUGUAACAAAUCAAACAUAAUAAAUAAUACAUUAUGUUGGAACUUCUGGUACUUAGUCUUAUGUCAGGACUCAGAUUUUGGUAAAAACAUUAUAUUGGAAAUGUAAUUGAAAAGGCAUGGAUGAGUGAUAGAGGGAAAAGGCCACACACUCUUUAAUAUUCAAAUCAUAACUUUUUGCCAUUUUGGUACAACGUUGUUUUGGCACCUAGCAAGAAACCCACAAUACAUAUAUACAAAAAAAAAGUGAACAAUUCAGAAGGCUUGGUACAAAGUUUUUACAAGGACGUUAGGCUUCAUAGAGAACC